AUGGUCUAUACUACAGACUCUGGGAACACGAAGUCAGACUUGGCCAAAAAUGGCGAGCCAGUAUUAGUUACUCUAGUUCCAAUGGAGACUUCCUUGCACAUGGGCACUGAGGCUGCACCAAACGGAGUGAACGGCUCAAGUAAAGCCCACACCAAAGAGAAGACAGCUGAGGUAGACAACAAUAAAGCCACAGAGAUAGACUACGGUCUAGGUGACGAGUUAAACAAGCCCCCAGUGCCAGUCAAAGACCAGAUCAAAGAUUGCUGCAAGGGUUGUUUUUCUUUGGACACUCUCAAAAAGCGGUUCCCUAUUAUUGGCUGGUUGCCCAAAUACAAUUUGUUCAGCUUACAAUGUGACAUUAUAGCCGGCAUCACCGUGGGUCUGACCCUCAUACCCCAAAGUUUGGCUUUUGCUGGAAUUGCAGGUCUACCUCCACAGUACGGCCUGUACUCGGGGUUUAUCUGUACAUUCGUCUACACCUUGAUGGGGUCAGCUAAGGACAUCACCAUCGGCCCCAGCGCCAUCACCUCCCUGCUCACCGCAUCCUUCGCCACCACCGUGUCCCCCACCCUGCCCAACGGUGAGAAGGACCCGACCCUGCCCAUCCUGCUGGCCUUCACCACGGGCCUGGUGUUUAUAGCCAUGAGUUUCCUCAAACUUGGCAUCAUCGUCAGCUACAUCUCCUUACCUGUCAUCAACGCUUUCUCCUCGGCCGCCGCCAUCACCAUCGCCGUCAGCCAGAUCAAGUCUUUGCUGGGACUGAAAGGAAUACCGAAUGAUUUCAUCGACAGCGUGAUCGAUAUUUGCAGGAAGUUGUAUCUUACAAAUGUGUGGGAUCUGACCAUGGGCCUGGCCUGUAUUGUAAGUGUCGUCCUCCUCAAGAAACUUCGAGAAAUCAAGUGGAAAAACGACCCAGAUAAUCCCCCCAAUAUGGGCAUUGCGUUUUUGAGAAAAUGUAUCUUCAUCUCUGGAGCAAGUUCCACAGCUAUAGUGGUCAUCCUAGCCGCCAUAAUUUUCUACAUCCUGGAGGUCAACGGCAUUCACGGCAUCACGCCAACAGGUAAAAUCAAGCCAGGUAUGCCAGACUUCCAGGCUCCAAAGUUUGAAAUCAACAUCGGGAACAUGACGAUGACGUCAUCAGAGGUUUUUGGUAAACUUGGGGCUGGUAUAGGUAUAGUCCCUAUCAUCUGCCUGCUUGAAGCAAUGUCUGUGGGGAAAUAUUUUGCCAGGGUCAACAAGUACAAGCUGGAUCCUACACAAGAACUUCUGGCCUAUGGGAUCGGGAAUCUGUUGACGUCAUUCUUCCAGGGCUUUACCAUCACUGGAACUUUCUCCAGGACAGCUAUCAACGCCCAGUGCGGGGUCAAGACCCAGCUGGGCUGUGUCCUAACUGGCACCCUCGUCAUCAUCUCCCUGUUUUUCCUGACCCCCCUCUUCUACUACAUCCCCAAAUGUGCUCUGGCCGCCGUCAUCAUAGCCGCUGUCUUGGCCAUGGUGGACUUUACUACAAUCAAGAUGAUCUACAAGGCUAACAAACUGGAGUUGUUACCGUAUGCCAUCACAUUUAUCUGCACACUGGCAAUUGGGAUUCAGUGGGGAAUAUUUGUUGGUGUUGGAAUCUCGUUUUUCUUCCUGCUGUACCCGCUAUCAAGACCAAAACUUCUGUUCUCCAGCCAACAAGGAUUUUUUAUCGUGACCCCCACACAUGGACUGACUUUUCCUGGAGCUGAGUUCCUGGAGAUCAAGGCACUGGACAACGCGUUAAAUGUGGAGAAGCCCCACAUCGUGAUCCUGAACAUGGAGCACAUCUCAAACAUCGAUUUCUCGGCAGCCCAGUCCCUCAGGUCUCUCAUUGUGGAGUGUGAGUUCCAUGGGAUGAAGUUGAUUCUUGCACAGGCACAGAAACGGGUUCGACGCCAACUCAAACUGGCCAAACUCCCAAACCUCGUUCUGGUUAAAACCACACAGGACGCCAUCGACAAGUUUUCUUAUCCAUCAAAAGAUUUUCAUGAAUUUGAUGUACCACCCCCACCCCACCAAGACGCAGGGGAAGAAGGGUUGAUCAUGAGCCGGUUGUAA